AUGGCUCUUCUUGACCUUUUCAACCCUCCCGAGACCGUCCGCGGUUCCAUCGCGUUAUACACGGGAGCUGUCUUCCUCUUGUUCUACUUUCUCAAUUCCAUUCAUCAGAAAUGGCGUCGGUACCGGCUUGCUAAACAACAUGGAUGCGGACCGAUCCCCGCUCUUCCGAAAUAUGAUCCCUUCUUCGCGCUCGACAGACUUUGGCUCAACCUCAAGACAGCCAAGGAGCGGAAGAUCCUCGAAACCAAUGUCCGACGCUAUGAAGAAUAUGGCAAUACAUUCAGGGCACAGCGGAUCACGGAUCCAAUCAUUCUAACACGGGAGCCCGAGAACGUCAAGACUAUUCUGUCUCUCAAAUUCAACGACUACAGCAUGGGAGACAGGCUCCAAGUCUUUGGCUCGCUUCUGGGUCACGGUAUCUUUACAUCGGACGGAGAGGACUGGGCUCGCUCGCGCCACAUGAUCCGGCCCAACUUUAUCAAGGAACAGGUCGCUCAUCUUGAUAUUUUUGAGGAAUUAAUGGCGGACCUGUUCGCCCUCAUUCCCACGGACGGCAGUACUGUUGAUCUCCAGGAACUAUUCUUCGGCUUUACCAUCGACUCUGCUACCGAGUUUCUCUUCGGCCACAACGUUCACAGUCUUAAGAAGCGCCUGUCCCAAGUGGUAGAUACUGAGCCUGACUUCUCGGAGGCUUUCAACUACUCGCUGGAGAACAUCGUCACAAACUCUCGCUUUGGCCCACUAAUGUUUCUGAAUCGUGAUCAGAAAGCGAAGGAGGCCAACCAGAUUUGCCACAAGAUGGUUGAGCAGUUCGUCGACAAGGCCAUGAGAGUACGAGAGAAACACGACGAGGAGAAAGGCGCCGACGAGGAAGAGAGCCGAAGGUAUCUGUUCCUGAACGGCCUGGCGCAGCAAACCAGUGACCGAACUCGAAUCCGGGACGAGCUCAUGAAUGUCCUGCUGGCAGGCCGUGAUACGACCGCCUCGCUUCUGAGCAACAUGUUUUUCAUGCUAGCAAAGAACCCAAGGAUUUGGGCCAGAUUGCAAGAAGAGAUUGCGACGUUGGACGGCCGGGCCCCAACGUACGAGGAACUGCGAGAUCUGAAGUAUCUUAAAUGGUGUAUCAACGAAACUCUCCGUCUCUUCCCAGUUGUCCCGCUCAAUUCACGAACCGCCAUAAAGGACACCAUCAUCCCCGUCGGUGGCGGUCCAGAUGGUCGGUCGCCGGUUUUUGUACCCAAGGGUACUGCCGUGGGAUACAGUACAUGGGCGAUGCAUCGUCGCAAGGACUUUUACGGCGCCGAUGCUGACGACUUCCGGCCUGAACGGUGGGAGAAUCUUCGUCCUGGAUGGGAAUAUCUUCCUUUCAAUGGGGGACCUCGCAUUUGUGUGGGCCAGCAAUAUGCACUGACUGAAGCAUCUUAUGUUACGACACGCAUUGCCCAGAGAUACUCUGUUCUAGAGAGCCGCGACCCUGGCCCAUGGGAGGAGAAACUGACGCUGACUCUGUCCUCCCACAACGGGACUAAAGUCAGCCUUCGUCAUUAA